AUGCGAGUUGACAGAGAGACUGCAAGGAUCAUCCAAGCGUUGAAACUCCCACGAUACAUGAUUGGGGUGAUACCCAAGACUCUUUCCUCAUUGAUAGCAGGUAACCUCGGAUUAGCUGACAACCUAAAGAUAUUGGAGAUGAUGAGUGUACCACUCUCCCAGGCCAACUUGGAUUUCCUCUGCAAUGUUGUUGUGACGAGUACGACGCUGGAGCAGUUACAUUUAUCUUGCUGUUGGCAUGAGGGGGGGUCUUUAUUCUCUCGACUUUCCAAGAAGUAUAAAUCUCUUGCCAAAGCCAUCGGAAGUUCUGAGUCUUUGCAGAUACUUCGCAUCUCAAGGACGGUUAUGGUCUACGAAGGAUUUCUGGCAGAUUUGUUUGCAGGUAGUGCACACAAGCUAAAAAAGCUUAUUCUAAGUCGUUCUAUCAUCGAAUCUCCAAGCAUACUGGCCGUUCAAAAUGCGCUGGAGCAUCCGGAAUGCCAGAUACAGCACCUGAACCUGUCCGGUAUCCCCCAAGGCUCAGAUAUCACCCCAAUUGCCAACGCUCUGGAAGUGAACACGUCUCUGAAGGAAUUCCUUCUAUCCUCCAGGUACCAUUUACCCGAUGAUAGCGCGGAAGCCCUCGCAAACGCCCUCCGCGUCAACUCAACGCUGGAAUCAAUAAAAAUGUGUGAUGUGGAUAUUGGUGCUGAAAAUAACACAUUCUCGACCGAAGGAUGGAAAUCAUUCUCGAAGGGACUAAAAGAAUCACAAGGCAUUCAUUAUCUUGACAUAUCGGGUAAUGAUUUUGUAGUGAGAGGCGUACUGAAUCUUUUUAGGGCGACAGGCAUACAGUAUCUCCUAGAUGGUCUAGAAGAGAAUCAAAGCGUCACUCAUUUCACCAUGCAAGACAUUUCAGCCGACCCACAUUCAUUUGAUCUCAUUGGAGAUUUCAUUCAGACUCGAAACUUCAAGCUCUUGAAUAUUUCCAAUAUCUCCAACUCCGAGUACAUGUUCAGGUCAUACAAGGGCCUGCCGGACCGCUUCCUUUGGUCCGUCGCCCAUCGUGUAGCAAGCAACGGUGGUAUGGAAGUCUUGAAAAUUGCCAAUAUCAGGAUGGAGGGGCCGAAUGGGUUAAAAACGAUCAUCCGUGCACUUGCAAAUAAUACAACUCUUCGAGAACUGGAUAUUUCAGAAAAUCGGGAAGAUCAUCUAUUGAGGGAGCUUGCUGAUGCACUGACAAGCAAUCAGCAUCUAUUGAAACUAAAUCUCAAGGAUAUCGCUCUUGCUACGGACGAUUUUCAGUAUUUCGCAAAGUGCUUACCGAAGAUGAAAGGUCUCGAGUCCAUUGUGUUCGGGGAACUAAAUGAUACUUUUGCUGAUGCUCUCCUCAGUGGUUUGAAAGACAACGACACGUUGAAACAUAUGGAUGGUCCUUUCGGGGAUGGAAGCUGUUGGCGAAAAAUUGAUUUCUAUCUACGAUGGAAUCGUGGUGGAAGAAAAAUUCUGAAGAUGGCGCCUCCCUCGGUCUUGUUGCCAAAGAUACUAUCAAGAUCGAGAAACGGCCCAGACGUGCUUUUCGAGAUUUUGAGGGGGAUUCAGUUGCACGCAUAG